AUGGAGGAAGCGAUGGAAAAGCGGCAGCAGGGGGACGGCGGCGUCAGCGAGAGGAGGAAGGUCGCGGCGGGAGACGCGGACAACCUCGACUGCCUCAUCUGCUGUCACCCCCUGCGCCCUCCCAUAUUUCAGUGCACCAUGGGCUAUACCAUAUGUUCAUCUUGCCGUGACAAGCUCCCAGACAAGUGUUGCUUCUGCUCCCUUCCCACAGUCUACAAUCGCUGCCACCGGCUAGAAGAUGUAGUUGAAUCAAUCCAACUUGCUUGCUCCAACAGCGAACACGGAUGCACUGCAAGGAUAACACACUACCAGAAAGAUGAGCAUGAGAAAGAUUGCCCGCACGCGCCAUGCUUCUGCCCGGCAACCGACUGCAGCUUCAAAGGGCCAACUGCAAUGCUCCUGGAGCAUUUCUCACGCGUGCACAGGGCGCCCAACACGAAAUUUAUAUACAACGAGGCAUUUGGGGUCCGCAUCCACGGCGAUGCUCCUGGUUCACUCAUUCUUGUGUGCGAGGAUGGGCACGUCUUCAUGCUCGAAGUGGAAAUGGAGUCCGCCGGCGGUGUCAUCUCAAUUUGCUGUGUUCAGCCUCACAUUACUGGAUCCAAGUUCAAGUGCAAGCUAUCAAUAUAUUGCAAUGAAACGGGCUACGCUCAGGCUGCCAAGUUCGAAACGAGGAACACUAAUCUGUAUGAUGGAAUGCCCAAGGACUUCAUGUUCCUUGUGCCCAAGGUGUUGCUUCAACGUGCCAUAACCACUGUGGUUGUGACUCUCAGGCCACAAUAG